GGGGUCCGGCGCCCGCCGCUCCGCCUGAGGGCCCGAGACCUGUCGCUCCGCCUAGGGGUCCGGCGCCCGCCGCUCCGCCUGGGGGCACGAUGCCUGUCGCCCCGCCUGGGGGCACGAUGCCUGUCGCCCCGCCUGGGGGCACGAUGCCUGUCGCCCCGCCUGGGGGCACGAUGCCUGUCGCCCCGCCUGGGGGCCCGAUGCCUGUCGCCCCGCCCCCGGGGGCCCGAUGCCUGUCGCCCCGCCCGGGGCCCGAUGCCUGUCGCCCCGCCUGGGGGCCCGGUGCCUGUCGCUCCGCCCGGGGGCCCGGUGCAUGUCGCUCCGCCCGGGGGCCCGGUGCAUGUCGCUCCGCCCGGGGGCCCGGUGCCCGGUGCUGCUCCGCCCGCCCGGGGGCCCGGUGCCUGCUGCUCGCCUGGUAAUCCGAUGUGCCUCUGCCCGGAGUCCUGCCCGAUGUGCCUCUGCCCGGAGUCCUGCCCGAUGUGCCUCUGCCCGGAGUCCUGCCCGAUUCCUGCCCGAUGUGCCUCCUCUGCCCGAUGUGCCUCUGCCCGGAGUCCUGCCCGAUGUGCCUCUGCCCGGAGUCCUGCCCGAUGUGCCUCUGCCCGGUGU